UGGAAUGGGCAGUGCCAUGGGCCUGUGAGUAACAGCUGAACACUUGUAAAGAAGACUGGGGUCUGGACUGGCCACGGGGCUUGCACUUUGAAGGCACAAUACGUUUUCAAGCCACUCCGGGAGAGGGAGCCAGCAACGACAACACAAUCAGCGCAGCCAAGGAGACCGGUUAAAAACUUUGCCCCAAAUUCCCGACUCAGAGAGGGGGAGAAAAGAAGGGGAGAGGCGCCAAACAAAAGCAUUCUUAGCUUUCAGCAAAACAAUAACUUUGGGAAAAUAAUUUACUUCAAAUACAAAUUCAAUGAGAUAGGCGUAACGGAACGCGUCUCCAGCAAGAAUCCGCUACUUUUAUUCAACAUUCUGAAUACUUAAAACCACGGAUUGAGUGCUGUAGCAACACUGAAUGAAACAAAGUUUCGUAAAAAAAAACAGAAUGGAAACGAAAAUGCGAAUCACGUGGGCACUUCUUCCACUUGGUUUUCUACUUCACUGUACUCAUGCUGAUCCAACUCUCGUCAAGUCUCCAACUUCAGAGGUCAACAUAUCCACUAUCCACACCCCUGUUUCUGAUCCAGUCACCAACUCCACACAAAAUGACAUUUCCACCCAUACAGUUACCUCCUCCAGUCUAAUCAAUGGGACCGGGACUACACUAGCCGACCUUACCGUACCAAGUGGGGCCGCGCUGAGCACCUUUACCGCUGGGAGGUCCAGUGGUAAUGUGGAGUCCACCACCAUGACUCCUGCUGGACUGGACUUCACUAGCUCCACCGGAACCCACACCCAGACCACCACUAGCUCCACCGGAACCGACGCCCAGACCACCACUAGCUCCACCGGAACCGACGCACAGACCACCACUAGCUCCACCGAAACCAACACCACCGCGCAAUUCACUAGCUCCUCAGGAACCCUCACCCAGACCACCACUAGCUCCACCGGAACCGACGCCCAGACCACCACUAGCUCCACCGGAACCGACGCACAGACCACCAUUAGCUCCACCGAAACCCACACCACCGCGCAAUUCACUAGCUCCUCAGGAACCCUCACCCAGACCACCACUAGCUCCGCCGGAACGCCUCACUCCACUGCAGUCACACCGGUGGGUGGGCGACAUACUCCAAUCCUUACAACCCCAUGGUCAAGGUUGUCCUCUCCAUCCCAGCAACCUUCCACAUCCAGCCCUGUGGGUUCAGGAAGCAGUUUUGCUAUCACCACAACCCGUGCACAGGGAGGAAUGGUGUUAACAACCAUGGCUGAGACUACAACCACGACGGCCACUACCACAAGUCCUCCCAAGAGCUUUAUGUUUGUCAUGUCCAAAAGAAAUGAAGAGAAUCAUGAGAAGAAGGACCUGGAGGCGCUGUGUCGACACCUGAUGUCUCAAAUGCACGACGCUAACUGUACUCUGGCUGCGAGAGAGAACAACGGACAAACCACCGUUGACAGCGUGGUAAUUACCGGCAAAGUGGACAACGCUGUGGUCCAGCAAUACUAUGAGGAAAUCACCAGAAAACAAAGUGACAACAUGACCCUGAUUGCCAUUGUGGCGUCCUGCGGAGCUCUGCUGGCCAUGAUUGUAGGCUUCGCCCUUUACGCCGUAUACCACCGCAAGUCCUAUCGGAAGAACCACCAACAACACCUGACAGAGGAGAUGCAGACGGUGGAGAACGGUUACCACGACAACCCCACGUUGGAGGUGAUGGAGGUGCAGCAGGAGAUGCAGGAGAAGAAGGUGGCCCUGAAUGGAGAGUUCAACGACAGCUGGAUUGUCCCCAUCGACAACCUGCUCAAAGAAGACAUGCCAGAUGAGGAGGACACUCACCUGUAGAGGGGGACCGGAACAGACAGGGGUGCUACUAUAUUCCCUCGACCAACUGACUCUCCCUUCCCUGCACUGUUACAAGGGCCCUGUUUAGUAGAGGGUUCUAGCUCCAAACGUUGCAGGUAGAAAUGUAUUCUAUAAAGAAUGUAUACAACCUUAAAUAAUGAGAUUUGAGAAAUCGCACAAUUGUGACUGUUCUAUGCAAUGCAUUUCUAUCCACAACACUUUUAAUGUUCCUCCCCAUUGAACCAGACCCAAGGCAACAACACACAGACACCACCUGACAAAUCUGGAGAAAAUAACACCCAGAGGAUGACAGGUUCUGGAAACCCAUCCGGCCUAAACGGGUGUCUGAGUCCCAUCGCUGUGGCCAUGGAAAAGUAACAGGCCAUUUGGAGAAUACUACACCAAUCAACAUUGUGCCUAGUUUUAAGAGAUAUUCAAUAAAUAUUUGGGAAAAGUAACUCUCAAACAUACACAAUCCCAUUUUAAGCGCCAUUGAGUGUUUAAGGUACUUGAUGUACCGCUACAUAGUUAUUGAUUUAAUUGGGAAAACCAAACACUCAAACCACCAAUAUUUCAGGGUGGAGUGUAUGAACUAAAAUCUGCAUGUUCUUUAUGCUGUAAUCAAUGUAAUUCACAAAAGUGCAUUGAAUUGUACACUUGAGCACCUGUACAUAGUAUUUUCUUAUAUUUUCAGAGAAAAUGGAAGCUGCAACUUUGUAAUACUGCAACACUACUUGCCUUUAUGGUUAAAUCUCAAUAGUAUUGAUUUAAAGAAAAUGACCUCAGGAUAAAGUGUUAUAAUCAUCCUGGUGAAUGAAUUAAACUACUAGUGAAUCUCAGCUCUGACGACCUGGCAUUGGCUGCUGUAUAGAAGCCAUAUACUGGUGAAACAACGGGGUCCCUGGAGACACUGCUGGGACAGGAGCUUCUACAGAUAUCAAGGGGAAAAACACUGUAAAUAGUCAUUUGAAAGUUCUAAAGAAUUUUACCUAGGGCCGGUUUCCUGGACAUAGAUAAAGCCUAGCCUUGGACUUUAGAGCCCUUUCAACUAGGCUUUUUAGUCUAGGACUGGGGUUACUCUAUCAGGGAGGCUGGACCCUAAAGAUACAGUUGAAGUCGGAAGUUUACAAUACACUUAGGUUGGAGUCAUUAAAACUCAUUUUUCAACCACUUCACAAAUGUCUUGUUAACAAACUAGUUUU